GAAGGUAAAGAAAAAAGAAAAAAAACACCAUUUUGUUUUUUUUUUCUCCGCGCUGAUUUUGCGCGCCGUAAAUGUACGCGUAAUUUUUUCAUUCUUUUGUAUAUUAAUCCUUCGAUAAUCGUACGCGUAUUUUAUUUAAACCGCAUUACCUUUUCAUUCCUGCAGGAAAGUCAUAUUUUAAAUAAUAAUGGAAAGCUUCUAAAUAAAAAAGGAACGCAUCCCCAAAGUAACACAUUUUACAGUAAUAAAAAUAUCAAAUUGAUUCCCAAAUUGACAGAAUAAAACCCUUUUCUUUAUAAGAAGCGAUUUUUUUUUUUCCCCUUCUAUUGAAAUAUAAAAAAUUCCAAACAAGCCAAAAAAGAUACACUUCCCCUUUGCGACUGAGAAAACUUAUACCUUUGUCACAAAAAAUCGACCAGACAUAACAACAGUUAUACAUACAUUUAUAUAUACACAAAGUUAUCACCGAAGAUGAAGCAAAUAUCUGCCUUUUCUUGCUUGUGCACCCUCCUUUACGUUUUGUCCUCCUCUUGGCUCUUCAAGGGGGCUGCAGCUAGCGCCAGAGACCAAUUCCCCCCACUUGUGGACAUCCCAGGUGCGAGCUCCGUUGCGCUCAGAUCAUUCAGCAACCAGCUAAGACAAUAUGAAAACAGAAACUCAGAAGAAGGCCACUUAAAAAAAUGGAUAGGAGAAUUAAACGACGAAUUCAACCAAUUUAAAGAUAUAAAGUUUAAAGAAAUUGAAAAAACAGAAAAACAAAAAGAGGAAGCAUGGGACCAUUGGCUCACCGUCCUCGAACCUGAAUGGGUUACCUUUAGCAACUUCAUUGAGCAAAAGAAAAAAAGAUGGAUUCAAAAAAAAGAAGAAGAUUGGAGCAUUUGGAUUAAAGAUAUGGAACACAAAUGGGUGAACUAUAAAAAAAAAAAAGACAGAAAAUACCUCUCCAAAUAUAGAGACGGUACCUUAAACUGCAGUGAGCGCGAAUGGAAUGUUAAAAUGAAAAGAGAAGUAGAAGCAGCUAUGAUUGCUGAUUAUAAAAAAUGGAUGAGAGAUGCUGAAGAAAAUUUACAAAAAUGGAUUUCUAAAGAUCUCGAUAUCUGGAAAAAAAAAAAAUUCGAUGAAUGGUUAAAGGUAGAAUGGAAAAAAGAAGAAGAUGCUCACUGGUCAAAGGAUUCCAAUACACCUUAUGGAGACACCAUGAACCCAUUGUUCUCAGUACUUAAAAAAUCAUACGAUAUGUACACUGCUAGAAAAAAGAGAGAAAAGGAACACUGGAAUAAGUUGACUGAAAAUAUUGGAAAAACUCUCACCAAUAAAAAGUACGUUGACUGGGAAAAUAUGAAAAUGACCAAAAGCGGUUGGUACAACGAGUGGAUGGACUUCUUCCUCCAACAGUGCUUAAAUUCCAAAGUUAGAAAGCAUAGAUCCCAUCGCCGCCGAUCGGAGUCCUUGUAAAGGGGGUCUGUCCCAGGUUUAAGAGCCGUCUCACGUGAGUGCCGCCCCUAGUUGGUGAAGAACAACCAGUUGCAAGAGUGUAUGCCUCCGUACAUGCGCGUUUGCUCGUAUGUGCAUAUGACGUGUGUACCGUGCCGCUUGACGGGAAAUGCCCGCGCCCCCCAAUGGAUGCCCAAAGAAGGAGAAAUAAAUGCACCACGAAAAGAGUUACCACGGGAAAGGCAACAAAAUGGCCAACAAACUGAUAAAGUAAUGCGAAACGUAAAAUCAGCGCUGCAGAACCAUGCGCACAUAUAGACCGCUUCCAACAAAAUAGGGUAAUUGUUUUAAAAAUAAAAUGUUUGAUGUAAAAAAAAAAAAAAAAAAAACACAGAAACAUAUUUCACACACAAAAAAUACGCGAAUAAUUUAAAUCGAUUAAGUACAAUUUGCUGAAAUAUAUAAAUUCCUAAACAAAAAUGCCAAAACAAACUGUAUGCAAAACGACAUUUGUUUGAUUCUCUCUGUCGUGUGCCCCGACUACAUUUGUGUACACCUCGCGAAUUCUGCUUAUCCUACACGUCAUGCCUUAUGUAUAUAUAUAAAUAUUUGUUUUUAUGCGCCCCUUUUUCUAUUCUCUUUGCUUCUUUGCUGCUUUGCAGCUCUGCUGCAUAGCCAAAUGUAUAUAUUAACCGGCGCCCACAAAUUUGUUCAUCAUUAGAUAACCAUACAUGAUAUAUAUGUUACCUGCAUGUAAAGAAAAACACCACCCCACCCCUGUUUAGACGCCCCACCAUACACGCCUGCUUACAUUCAUAAUUUGCCCCAUUUUGAUAUGUACAUAAGUAUAUGUAUAUGUGUUUGUGCAUAUGUAUAUAUAUAUGUAUUUAUUCACCCGCCCAUUUACACCGUGCG